AUGAGAGACCUUAACUCCACGCACGAAUUUGUGGAGGCCCUGGGCGAAGCGGGAGACAAGCUGGUCGUGGUUGAAUUCUUUGGCACCUGGUGUGGCGCCUGCCGAGCCUUGUAUCCCAAGCUUUGCAAGCUAGCGCUUCAGUACCCGGAUGUUUUGUUCCUGAAGAUCAACUUCGACCACAACAAGCCGCUGUGCAAGAGCCUCAACAUUCGCCUCCUACCCAUGUUCCACUUCUACCGAGGAGCAGAGGGCCGCCUAGACGCCUUUUCUGCGUCCAUUGCCAAGAUUCAGAAGUUGAAGGACGCCCUGGCAAUCCACAGCACAGACAGAUGCUCACUGGGGCCGCCAACUGGACCUGAGCUGAUUCUCCAUCCCGAUGCACCUGUUGCUGCCCCUGCUGCAUCUAAAUUGUCAUGA